UAGUAGCGGUAGACAUUAAGAUAGUAUUAUUUUAUAAAUAGUAUUUAUAUUUAUAGUUAUAGUGUUAGUUGUGAGUUGGUGGUUCGGGAAUAAGUGGUUUUUAGAACUUUUGGUAGUCAAAUUUGUACUAAUAUUGUAAACAAUGGAAGCAGUGGAACGAACAGACGGGAUCAAAUUCGUUUUCGCACGAAAAUUCAAAGAAGUGGACGAGUAUCCCCUUUCGGACUCCCUCCCUUUCUUAGUAUGUCUAGUCGCAGCAUAUUUACUGUUUGUCAAAAAAAUUGGCCCCGACUUUAUGAAGAAUCGAGAACCUUACAAACUCAAAAACACGAUUUUAGUCUAUAAUGCCAUUCAAGUCGUAUUGUCAGCAGUAUUCGUCUAUCUUUCAUUUAUCGCGCUCCUGAAAGGUGGACUAUUCCCAAAACAAUGCUGCGAAGAAGACCCUGAAAUUAGAAAAACUAUGUUAAAAGCAAUGUUCAUCUACUUCUUGGGGAAGAUUUCAGAGCUUCUUGACACGAUUUUCUUUGUUUUAAGAAAAAAAUAUAAUCAGGUGUCAUUCCUUCACGUCUACCAUCACGCGUCAGUCGUGAUCGGUACGUGGAUGAUGUUCAAAUACUCGGUCAACCAGACCGCAGUCUACGCCGGCUUCAUCAACUCCUUCAUCCACGUCAUCAUGUACUUCUAUUAUUUCGUGGCUGCGUUGGGACCUCAGUACCAGAAAUAUCUUACGUGGAAGAGGCACAUCACUUCUUUGCAAUUGAUCCAAUUUGUGUCAAUCCACCUCCAUCAACUAGCCAGUAUCUUUUUUGGCAGAGAAUGUACCCACUCCCUAGUCGGCAUUCUCUAUGUGCUUCCCUCGACCAUAUUAUUCUUCUAUCUUUUCUAUCAAUUUUAUAAGAAGAGCUACAAUAAACCCGCUGCUAGCCAGAAGGAAUCAAAUGGUACAGCACAAGAAGACACGAAAAUUUCUAAAACUAAAGAUAAUACUGUUGCUAAUGGAUUAAAAGCAAAGACCAACUAAAUAUUCUACUAUAAAUAUUGAUACAAUUAUGCUUUAAUUGGAGAAAGUCUGAUCUCUUUGAAUGUCACGGUAAAAAUUAAGAGCAAUAUAAAACAAUAUUUUAGUAUACUAGUGUAGUUUAUUCUGUAAAUAAAGCGCUGUUUUAUGAUUUGA